ACUUCAAGUCUUAACAUUUAAGAAACAACCCACUCUGCUUUCUUCCUGUCCAUUCUGCCGGUGCGGUUUAAAUUUCCCUUUGUAUAUCAUACAUCUCCUCCCUAAGAAGAAAUAAGAAAAGAGAAAAGAGAACUUGCAAUGAAUCGAACAUAUGAACAUACGAAGAAAGAAAAGAUGAUUGAUGUCAAACCCGCCUCCAUCAUGAAUGUUCCCUUAACGGAAGAAGCAUCUCUUGAUCCCUUUCGCUCCCAUCCCCACGCCAACCGUCUGCUCAACCACCCAGAAUACUAUCCCAUCCACACCUGGUCACGUCUUCCGAAACCUUCCACCGGCGAAGAUGGCUAUUUCGCUGGUACUUUGGCGACUUCGAUCACUAUUCCUCACUGUCUGACGCUCCGUCGUCGGUGGCUUCCUUCGCUUUCCGCCGCCCGUCCGCCGUGGCCCUCUCCCACCGAUGAUCCGGUCUCGUCAGAGCCGUCUGUCUUACCCCCGGACAUUGUCAUGCUGCUAGAUCUGGCGACACCGGGCGUGAGUGGCCACCCGUCGACGGCUCACGGUGGUAUUAUCGCAACAUGUAUCGACGAGACGAUGUCGUUGGCGGUAACCCUGUACUCUCCGCCUCCCGAGUUGGACGCUUCCGAUCACAAGGGAAGCGGGGAGGACGAAACUCCUCGUGGGAAAUUAUACACGUCGCAAUUAGAUGUACGGUACAAGAGACCUGUCGCUGUUCCUGGAUUGCUGAUCAUCCGUGCCAAAGUGGUCGGCCGUGUGGGGAGAAAGUUUUGGGUGCGCGCUCAGGUCCUUCAAGCGGAUGAAGAAAAUCCAGACCAGUUGGUCGUCACUACUGAUGCCAUGGCUUUCUGGCUGCAGACCACGUCAAAACUGUAAAACAACUCGAAAAUAUCGAUUGCGAUGCAUAUAUAUCGUCGCCCAUGGAUAUAUUAGAGGCCAUGAUUGCUGUAUAU